UUAGCUUCCCAUCCACUUUACUGUUUCUCCUACUACUACCCUCACAUCAUCAUCAUGAGUGAUCCCUACACCAAUUACAAUUAUUUCCAUGGUUGCUUCAAUAAUUUCAACCCUUUUCACCAUCACCCUCCUUCUUCUUCCUCCUCCUCCUCUCCUCCAUCAUCUUUUCACUCCUACAACUACAACUUCCAAUUCCCCCCACCUUCUCCACCUCUCAAACAAGCUCUCCCUCUCCUCAGUUUAAGCCCAACAAGGCCUGCCCAGCAAGAUUCAUCAUCAUCUUUCUCCGCCAUGGAAGUUGAUGACGUCAGUGCCAAGAAUCAAGAGGACAGCGGCUUUGUGUCCAAUUAUGGCGAGGGAGAUGAGGAGGGAGAAGAAAGUGAUGUUAGUGUGGCUUUGCACUUGGGGCUCCCAGGCGAUGCUGAUCUCAUCUCAAGGCUUUCUUCUUAUUCAAACUCUGAGGAUAAUAAUAAUAAUAAUAUUAACAACAAGGUGGAAGAUCAAGAAGUGAGUGUGGUGGGUACUAAUCAUCAUCAGUACUGGUGUUCAUCAUCUUCUUCUUCUUCUUCUUCAUCUUCUCCCUCUACGAGCACUCUCCACAAGGGUCAGUAUUGGAUCCCCACCCCUGCCCAGAUUUUGAUUGGCCCUACACAGUUCUCUUGCCCUCUUUGCUUCAAGACUUUCAAUAGAUACAAUAACAUGCAGAUGCAUAUGUGGGGUCACGGAUCGCAGUACAGGAAAGGGCCGGAGUCUCUUCGGGGAACGCAGCCGACGGCGAUGCUCCGGCUGCCGUGCUACUGCUGCGCGGCGGGGUGCCGGAACAACAUCGACCACCCCAGGGCGAAGCCGCUGAAGGAUUUCCGAACCCUUCAGACGCAUUACAAGCGGAAGCACGGGAUCAAGCCGUUCAUGUGCCGGAAAUGCGGCAAAGCUUUCGCGGUGAGGGGCGACUGGCGAACCCACGAGAAGAACUGCGGCAAGCUCUGGUACUGCACCUGCGGCUCCGACUUCAAGCACAAGAGGUCCCUCAAAGACCACAUCAAGGCCUUCGGGGACGCCCACGCCGCCUACGCCAUCGACUGCUUCGACGAAGAAGACGAACCCGCUUCGGAAAUUGAGCAGGAUAACGAGCAUGAUGAAGAUCAGAUUAAUCAACCGUGAACCAUCGUCGCCGGCCGGCCGGCUGGAGACCUUAAUAUUUUUACUUAAAAGUUUUCACUGUCAACCCUAAAAAAAGUGGUUCAAAUUAAUGUUUAAUUUUAGUCUUUGGUGUGUGGGGAACCGAAUUGAAGUACAUUAGGAUUGAAUUAUUACUUUGAUUGCAAUCUAUACUUCAUUUUUUUGCCUUU